GUUAUCUCAUUAAUUCAUCUCCCCUCUCUCUAUCUCUAUCUUUAACUACCUUCCAGUCUCUUCUCUUGCCUAAAUUACAAAAGCUUUGAUAGUUACAGCAAGAGAGAAACUUAUAAAGCAGAAAUGGAGGGUAAAGUUGCUGAAGUAAUAGAGGAUGCAUUAAUAGUGUACAAAGAAGAAGAGAUUAAUCUCACUGUUCUAAAGACAUCUCUUUUCUUCACUGGCGAUGGAUUUGCUGCAUAUGACUGUAAAGGAGAAAUGGUGUUCAGAGUGGACACAUAUAAUCCGGACUCACGUGACCAGGUUGAACUCGUUCUUAUGGAUGCUUCUGGCAAAUCCCUUCUCACUCUGAGACGGAAGAGACUAAGUCUGCAUCAAAGAUGGGAAGGCUACUUAGGAGAAAUAAUAGAAGGACAAAAGCAAAUAUUCAGUGUUCGAAGAUCCUCAAUGAUGGGAAGUUCAACUGUUACAGUAGAGGGUUACAACAAUAAUGCUGAAGAAGAGUAUGAGAUAGACGGGUCAUUUGCAGAGAGGAGUUGCACAUUCUUAAACGCAGAGAAAGUAUCUGUUGCUGAAAUUCGACGUAAAGUAGACGCUAAUUGUGAUAAUGUGAUGCUUGACAAAGAUGUUUUCUCUUUAAGUGUCAAGCCUGGUUUUGAUGGUGCCUUUGCUAUGGGAUUGGUCCUUGUGCUUGAUCAAAUUCUUGCUGAUGAUUGUGUUAGUGAUGAGGACCCCAUUGCUGAUGAUCCCCUCCUUUCUUCUUGAUUUUUGUUCAUAGUUCAUCCAUUUGUUUCUCAAUGGUUUCUUUACAAAGUACUUCUACUCGGAAGCUAAUCCAAAAUUUAAAUUUUAUAAGUUUAAUAUUUAAGGUUUCUAGUAUUGAAUUCAUAAUAUUUUAAAGUAAUGCAUUCA